AUGCGUUCCCCUGCCUGCCUCGCCGCCGCCCUCCUCCUGCUCGCGCUCCGGCUGCCGGCCCCCGCCGUCGCCGGCCGCCCCCUCGUCGCCCGCGACCGCAAGCCCGCCCCGUCCGAGGCCGCGGCCACCGCCAGGUGGCUCGCCGCGCAGAACACCUGGGGCGUCCUCAGCACAAUAUCAAGUGAUCUAAGUGGCGCUCCAUUUGGCAAUGUAGUUUCAUAUAGUGAUGGGGUACCAGGUGAGAGCCAUGGAAUUCCCUACUUUUAUCUGACUACUCUGGAUCCCACUGCAAGAGAUGCAUUGGAGGAUGAAAGGACGUCCUUUACCCUUAGUGAGUUCCCUCUUGGCACUUGUGGGAAGGUUGAUCCUGAAAACCCAACAUGUGCAAAACUUACUCUUACUGGAAAGUUGAAGGUGGUUGACCAUAAGUCACCUGAAGCGGCUUUGGCCAAAGCUGCGCUUUUCAGCAAACACCCUGAAAUGGAGGGUUGGCCAAAGAACCACCACUUCGAGAUCUUUAAACUGGAAAUCGAAAACAUAUUCUUGAUCGACUGGUUUGGGGGUCCUAAACCUAUAUCUCCUUCACAGUAUCUUGAUUAUGGAAGGGACCAGGGCUCUGUGAUGUUCUUGUGA